GAACACGGCCCUUCACAGUCCAUAGCUGGGCAUUGACACACUUCGAUGUGGACAGUAUUUUAGAUUUAGCCAAAGUGUAUUUUCAGAACAGCUAUGGACGUAGCACUUUAUCUAGUAGCUGCUGCUAUCCUCGUUGUUCUGAUUUUUUUUGCGUUGAAGGUGCGGAGGAAAACGCAAGAAGCUGAUGAGGUGCAGCGGAGGGAUGUUGUCCGGGCAGCGGGCCCCCCUCAGCGGGCAGCAGAGGAGCGAGGAGCUGGUAUGCCUCGCAGGAGGAGGAACCUGGCAGCGGUGAUGGCUAAUCGACGACCACAGAGAGAAGCUGUGGAAGAUGAGGGGGAGCCUCGGGAAGAAGAAGAGGUGGAGCAGCAGAGCUUCCAGCCAACAGCAAAAGUUGGAGCCAAGAAGCAGAAGAAGCUGGAGGAGAAACAGGCUAAGAAAGCCCAGAGAGAGGUGGAGCUAGAGGAGAGGGAGGAGAGGAAGAGGAUGCAGGAGCUCAGAGAGCAAGAGAGACGUCAGGAGGACGAGAGAGAACGACUACUGGAACAGAAACAGGAGGAGGACGAGCGGCGGGCUAAAGAGGAGCAGGAGAGACGGGAGGAGGAGGAGUACUUAAGACUCAAAGCAUCCUUCAUCAUAGAGGACCAGGGAGAGGAGGAGCAACUCACUGAGGACCAGUCACGCAAUCUGCUGCAAGAAUUCAUCCAGUACAUCGAGAGCUCUAAGGUGGUUCUCCUGGAGGACUUGGCCUCUCAUUUUGGGAUGAGGACACAGGAUGCAAUCUGCAGACUGCAGGACCUGUUAGCUGAAGGCUCCCUCACAGGAGUGAUUGAUGACAGAGGCAAGUUCAUAUCCAUCACUCCAGAAGAGCUGGACUCAGUGGCUCAGUUCAUCAGACAGAGAGGCAGAGUGUCCAUCACAGAACUGGCUCAGGCCAGUAACCGUCUGAUUAAUCUGAUGCCCGAGAGUCGCAGCGCUGCCUGAUGGACACCUGAAUGACACUUUUCAUGAGACUGCAGAAGAAGAAUAACAACUCAAAUCUGUGUGAAAUUUUCAGUCAACUGCUGGUGAAAAGCACAUACUGGCUGUUGAUCUGUUGACUAUUGUUUGGUGCCAGCUGAUGCUGUUAUCUGUUGGACAGUGACAUCACUGCUCAGUAGCCUGUAUUCACCAGUGUCAUGCUACUACAGUAAUGGUAGUACAGUAACUACUGUGUAUAACAAGACCAUCAAUAUGACAAACAGUAACUUGGCAUUGUGAAAAAAGUAAACAUUUGGAAAAAAGUACUAUUUUGAGAUUCAUUUUUUUGCCAUCUUUUCUGAAUUUGGUCUUGUUUACUGUGACAUGACUUUUUAUUGUGAUUAUUUCAUACAGGGACUGAAAACUUAACACCUGACAUGCCAUGUCACUGUACAUCUUGACCCUUAAAUUCAUCUGAGUUGUAUACAAGUUAGAAAAGAUGCAGUGCAGGCAGGGUAAGCUAGAUGCUGCCUCUCACAUUUUCCUUUUAACAAGAUGCUGUUUUUAAACAGAGUAGCCUGCCCAGCCUGAUGAACAGCCAAGUGUUAGCACAGUUUAAGUAAAAAAUAUGUAAACUAAUUUGUGUGUACCACAACUUAUUCCUGUACUGUGUGCAAAAUACCUUCUUCUGAUCUUUGUUUUCUAAUCUGACUCUAGGUGAUAGUUCCCAAAAUGUCAUGUUCUGUUAAUAUUUAUUCUAUUAGACACUAAUCUUAAUCCUGUGGGAUCAGCACAGGGCCUAGGAUUAAUACUGGGUGGAGGAAAACAUUGCACCAUAAAAUUACAACUAACAACAUAAAAUUUAUUACAAUGCUUACACAGGCAGAUUGUGUCAAGGAAUAGAAGAAUCCAUGUACUGAUGACUGAGACAUCAAACCUGUAGUCAGUUUCUGUUAUGAAAUCAGGAUGUUUGGUCUCUUGUUUUCAUAAAGUUUUUCAGUUGAUAAAGAGUCCACAAGCCUGAAAAGGGCAGUCUCAGAGGCUGAGGUGGAUUUCAGCUGGAUGUCUCCUGGUCUUUAUCCUGGACUCUCUGUCCUUUCUGACUCUGUUUUCCCUGAGUUAUCUCCCAUGUUGAGGUGGCUCCUCUAUCCUAAAAAC